AGGUGUUUUUCAGCUGCUGACUUUUAUUCUGAUUUUUCUCAAUGAAUUAAAUUUUUAACGUCUAACAAAGGAAAGAAGAAAAGGAAGCUGAUUAUUUGAACCCUUUUCUUCUUAUCUGGACGAAUGGCGGCUUUAAAUAUGAGCCUCCCUGCCAACAGCACCUUCAUGCACAGAGACCCAAACCAAACGUCUUCAUGCAGCUAUGAAGAUGACUUCUCUCGGGGGGAAGUCUACGUCAUGAUUUCCAUCCUGGGAAUUAUCUUAAACUCAUUUGUGCUGAUCGUUCUCUGCCUCCACAAGAAGCCCUGCAGUGUCCCAGAGAUCUACCUGAGCAACCUGGCUGCAGCCGACCUGGUUCUGAUGUUCUGCAUUCUCCUCUGGGCUGUUCUUAUUUUCCGUGACUAUGACUGGGAUUUUGGCUCUUUCAUGUGUAAAGUGUACCGUCAGACUUAUAGGAUAAACUAUACCUGCAGUGUUUACCUGCUGGUCAUGGUUAGCAUCGAUCGUUAUCUUGCUGUGGUGCACCCACUGUCCUGUAUGAAUAUCCGAGAACCCCUGUAUGCUAAACUGGGCUGUGCUCUGGUUUGGUCUCUGGGCUUCUUCCAAAACAUUUCCUACUUCAUCUACAGUGAAACCAAAACAGUAAAAAAUAAUAUUACCACUUGUUCAUUUAGUUUUCCAGUUGAUACCAUGCUCAGAGUUCGGUUAAUGUCUGUGGUGUUAACCUUCAUCAUCCCCAUCAUCAUCAUCUCCUUUUGCACCGUCAUGAUUUUAAAGACUCUCAGACGCAGGUUAUCCAACAGCCUCCAGCAAACAGACCAUAAAGCCACCACCUUGGUCCUGGCCUGCCUCCUGGCCUUCCUGAUCUGCUGGGGUCCCUACCAACUGAUGGAGAUUCUGAGGUGGUUACAUGGGGUCAAAGUCCUGACAGGGUGCAGGAUCCUCACUGUCAUCAGGGUUUGCCUGGAUAUCUUCUUCUACUUGGGCCUUCUCAACAGCAUCAUCAACCCUGUUCUUUACAUCAUUGUUGGAAAUAACUUCAGGAUGAAGAUCAGGGAGCUGUGCAAGGGGAGAGAAGAAGAGAGCACCUCAGGGUUUAAUGAAAUGACUGAAGCCACCUGAGGGCAUAAUGUUGAUCAGAAAUCCUUAUGCUCAGUUCACACCGAAAGUGUUCUGGGUGUCAAAAUACUUAAACGCAGAAAUCUGUACUCUGGAUCAAACUGUGGUCCAGUUGCUUUGCUGCUCAGCGCUCUUGUUUUUUAAUUUGCUCUGUUCUGUAGCUUCAAGCUAAAGAGCCGCUCGGCUUUAUUUACUUUUUUAGUUGGAAAAAUCGUUUUAACCUGUUUUUAAGUGAGAAAUUCCACCUCCACACAUCCUCUGUUCCUCUGUUUAUCAGGAUUAUAAUCCCACUAUAAUCUGCAGUUCUUGUUGGGAGCUCCAGACCUCCAGCAUACCGCCGGGAGGCAGCGCUUGGAAUCCCAGCUGAAAGCUCUCUGCUGCGGCCAGCCUGUGGAGGAUUUCCUGCUGCCGCUGUUCUGUCAGACCAGCAUGCCUAUAGUCAAUACGCAGAUUUACAUUUAUCCCUUUAGUUUUGCACGAAAAAUAGACUUUAAACUACUUCAACGGGUGUGUAUGACUUUAGUCAUACAAAAAACAAUUUAAGGUCAGAUCGCCAUACGCUUCAAAAAACAUCAAAAAGUGGGGCAGGUGGCGCAGUGGUUAGCGCGCAACACCCAUGUAUAGAGGCAUCUGAGGCUUUAGAAGCAGCAGCUGCUGGAGUUGGAGAAAUGUAACUUUAGCUGCUGGACAUCAACCAAUGAGAGAAGCUGAUCUGGGAGC